AUGGAGAAAAAGAAAGGGAGGAAGAGAAGGGAUGAAGGAGAGAAGGGGAGAGGCUGUAGUGGUGGAAGAAAAGGGAGAAGGGAGAAGAAGGAAAGGGAAGAAAAGAAAAAGGAAAGAGGGAAAGGAAAAGGCUGUGUGGGUGGAAAAGAAAGGAAGAAGGCUGCGUCGGUGGAAGAGAAGGGAGAGGCUUCACUGGUGGAAGAGAAGGAAGAGGUUGCAUCGGUGGAAGAGAAGGGAGAAAGGAGAAAGGAGAGGAGGAAAGGAAGAGAAGGGCCGUUGCUGUGGGGGAGAAGGGAAGAAUAG